AUGGUAGGGAGUUUGAUGUAUUUGACUGUGACAAGGCCGGAUCUUAUGUUUGUGGGGAAUUUGGUCAGCCGAUAUAUGGAGAAUCCAACAGAGCUGCAUAUGCAAGCCAUCAAGAGAAUUCUGAGGUAUGUGAAAGGUACAGUAGAGCUGGGAAUUAGUUGCAUAAGUGAUGUUGUGAAUGGUGAAGAGUUGGUGGCGUUCUCAGACAGUGAUUAUGUAGGGGAUAUUGAUGAUCGCAAGAGUACUUCUGGUUAUGUUUUUAUGUUAAGCAAUGGAGAAGUGGCGUGGUCCCCCAGGAAACAACGAGUUGUUACCCUAUCUACCACAAAGCCGGCGACGACCUCUUCCACCGGUUACGCCGGCACGUCCUCUCUCUCUCUCUCCACGACGUCCUCCACCAUAUCCCAAGCUUUCAACUUUUCAGUACUGGAGUUUCAAGUUCGAUCUCCACCUUGGGAUAAUCAGCCCAAGACUGGCCGGGGCGACAACCGGGGACUCGCCGUGGUUGUCCUCGACGCGCUCUCAAGGCGACAAUGGGUGAGAGAAGAGGAUUUAGCUAAGGACUUGAAACUGCACUCGAAGCAACUCCGUCGUACAUUGCGGUUUUUUGAGGAGGAGAAACUGGUCACCCGGGACCAUAGGAAGGAGACAGCCAAGGGUGCAAAGAUAUUUAGUGCUGCAGUUGCAGCCACAGCUGACGGGCAACAACAUACAAAAGAAGGGGAAGAGAAAAUUAAGUUGCACACUCACUCUUACUGUUGUCUGGACUAUGCUCAGAUAUAUGAUGUAGUAAGGUACAGACUACACCAUAUGAGGAAAAAACUGAAAGAUGAAUUGGAGGACAAGAACACAGUUCAAGAAUAUGUAUGCCCCAACUGUGGGAAAAGGUUUCUGCUGAUAGGUUCAUUUUGUUCAAUCUAUUGCAGCAAGGACAAAUUUGCAGAUUUUGUGUAG